AUGCCUCCAAGGAAAUCCAAGGCCCCCUCGGCAGCGCAGCUGGUACCUCCAAGGAAAAAAUCCAAGGCCCCCUCGGCAGCGCAGCUGACCGUGGAGCUCAAUGCAAUGAGGGAGAAGUUUGAGGCGGAAAAGGAAGAGAGCGCCCUGAGAAUCAGGCUCCUCGAGGGACAGCUGGAACGGGGACAUGAGUCGUCCUCGUCCAAGCGUAAACGCCGUAAUGUUUCUGUGCCAUCGUCGUCUUCAUCUUCUUCGUCAUCAUCUUCUUCAUCGUCCUCGUCAUCAGAUUCGUCUGACUCGUCGGAUGACUCCCGCCGGAAAAGAAAAACCAAAAAAUUCAAAAAAUUGAAGAAGUCGCGAAGAUCCUCCACCUCGAUGUCAGCGCGAAAGUGGAAGACAAGGUCUUAUGAAGUGCAGCACAGCCUGAAUGAGCAGCUGCAACGCCAACUCAAGAAGACCAGGCGGGACCUGCGGAAGCUGAAGGGUGGCCGAAGUCUCUCUCAGAAGAGACCAGAAUGCUUCGCCAUCAACUCCCGGCUUUCCAUCGGCAUGGUGUUCAGCUGCAGCAGCAUCUGGUCCGGGGAGUACAAGUUGCUGGAUGGCUGCACUGACACAGGAUGGGUUUGCGUUGGCAAUGCAAUACGGCAGUCAUCCCACAUUAUGAGCUACAAGUUUAUGUAA